AUGGCUGAUGCUGUUGCUGCUGCAUAUCCAAAUGUGACAUCAUCUGGAAAUCCUGAACAACAAUUUGUUCAACAUCAAUAUGCUUAUCAAGCUCAAGUAAGUGGUGGAGGCGAUCAAUUUUAUAAUGGAGCUGGUGCUGUCGAUGCACAACAACUGCCAGAAGGUGUCGAACAACAAUUACCUUUAGGACAGGGUCAAGAUGCUAAUUAUUCUCAAUAUUCACGUAGUGGAAAUGAUUUAGCUGCUGGUGCUGGUUUUGUGGAUCCAAAUAAUCCUGGUAUUAUUCAACAAUAUGCAGGUGCUGCUGGGCAACUUGCACAACAAGGACCAAAUGGUUAUAAAAUUAAUUUUGAUCCUAAUCCACAAAUUAUUCGUAAACAUGCUAAUGAUGCAGUAACAUACAAACAAGAAGUAGCUGUACGAUAUUUACGUCCGCCAACACCACCACCACCUGGUCCUUUGAUCAUUAAAGAGGUACGAAAUCCAGCAUUACCUGCUGCUCCACCUAUUGUUAUUCGACAACGUCCACCUCGACCUGCUACACCACCACCACUUAUUAUUCGAGAACGACCACCACAACCACCACCUCAACUUGCUCCUAAAGUAGUUACUAAACCUUUACCAGCUCCACCACCACCACCACGACGUGUUAUUAUCGAACGAAUGCCUCCAUUACCUGCUAAACCUCAAAGUAUUAUCGUUGAACGUUGGCUUCCAUAUAAACAACAAAAACGACGUGUUGUGUAUCAAAAAGCACCGCCUGUUCAACAGCCAGCACCACAAAAGAAUCUUAUUAUUCAAUGGGAAGGUACACAAGCUCGAGUCGUCAAAGAAUUUCGUAAUUUGGGUAUCAUCAAAGCUGAUCCAACUACUUAUGUACAACAAUAUGGACCACAAUUAAGACCUACACAAGGUUUACCAGAUUUUAUUAAAGGAUUACCUACACCAAAUCUUGGACCAGAAUAUAUGGCAGGUAUGAAUCCUGAUCAAGUCGAUCCAUCAUUAGUAAGUGGCGUUGGUGGUUCAUUAGGUGGUCAAUUAGGGGGUUCAGUGGGUGGUUUUGAUAUGGGAGGUGGUCAAGGUCUUCUUGCUGCUGCACCAGAAGCCGCAUUACCACUUGGUGGACAACCUGGAUUCGUUCAAGAUAAUCUUCAAUAUGCAUCUUUUGGAAAUGUUGCCGGUCAAGGAUCUGGUGACCAACAAAACUCAUAUGCUUAUCAACAAACAGUCUAUUCACAAGGAAGCACUGUUGAAGGUCAACAAUAUGCCGCCGACCAACAACAAGGUUUUGAACAACAAGGUCAAAAAGGCAGUGGUUUUGUACAAAAUGUACAAUAUCAAGCAAUGCCUCAAUAUGGUGUCAGUAGUUAA